AUGAUAAAAAGACGAAUAAUAAAUCAAAAUGGGAAUAUACUACGAUCUAAAGUCAAAGGAUAUUGUAUCCAAUGUAAUCAAAUAAGGCCAUAUACUCCAAAAUAUGUAAACGAUGAAUUAUACACAGAAUAUUUAACCAAAAUUGCAGAAGCUCAGGAAAAGAAUAGAAAUAAACCAAUAGCGAAUAAUGACGAAUCAACGAAAUAUGUGGAAGAACCAUUGAAAUCACAUAGUUUAGUACAAUACAAACCAAGUGGUAAAGUAAAAGAUCCAAUAGAGUCAUCAGAAGUAAUAAAUCAUGGUCAAAAACAACCGAAAGAUGUUGAAUCAAAAAAGUCAUCAUCAAAAGCUGAUAAAUCAAUACAAGCUGAAUCAGAAUUAACUCCAGAACAAAGAGAAUUGAAAUAUGAAGCUGAACUCAAAGACAUGAUCGAAUUUUUUGAAAAAGAUCAAUUAUCAGGAUCUUCAAAAGAAAUAACUAAAGACAUUUUUGCAGCUAAAGUUGAUUCCAUGUUUGAUAGAUUUCCACAUCUAAAACAAGAGCAUUUGGACAAUUCCGAUAGUCAUAAACUAACAAUUCCAAUACCAGUUACAAAAUUACCGAAAACUAAAGAAGAAGUAAUAGAGUCAAAGGAUAAGAAACAACCAAAACCAAUACCAACACCAAAACCAAAACCAAAACCAACACGAAAACAAAAGCCAAAGCCAAAGUCAGAAUCUAAAAAAAGAAUUCAUGAGAAAGUACUCGAAACUCAAGAGUUUGUGACUAGUGCAAAUAUCGAACAUCAACCUAUAAGUCAAGCUAUAGCUCCUAAACCAUCCGAAAUUCCACAAUUGGCACACAAUCUAGAUCGAGUAUUAUUUUCACCUGGUGUUCAUUUUUUACAAGAUCCAAGAACUAGAGUUUAUAAUUUUUCACCAUUUUUGAAAAAUAUAAUACAUUAUAAUGAUUUUAAUUUUGAAGCUAUUUCAUCUUUCGUACCUGCUUCAAAAGAUGAUUCUCUUUUUGAAAAUGCUCAAAAAUUUAAUAAACAAUUUUAUUCCUCAACUUCAUCAAUGACGGGAAUGUUAACUAAAUUCUAUUUAUUUUUAAAUGAUUAUGAUGAAAGAAAUAUACCAAGAUUUGGAAUUAUAAAUUUUAAUGGAUUAUCUUAUAAAUCACAAAAUAGUUUAAUUGUCGAACCAAAGGGGAAAUUAUUUGAUGAUAAAACUGUUUAUUCAAUCCAAGCAGAUAGAUCGUGUGAUAAUGAGACUAUAUUAUCUAAAAUGGGACAUUGUAUGGAAUUAUUAUUAACUAGUCCCAAAGAAGAGUUUCUUAAAUAUUCAAAAGAUUAUGAACAUGACGAAAAACCAGGAAUGAUACCUAAUACUUAUAACUAUUCAUCUUAUGGUUCGUUUUUGAUGAGAUCUCAAUUAGACUGUUAUGAUCCAAGAUUACCUGGAAAUGGAACAUUUGAUCUAAAAACAAGAGCAAGUAUAAAUGUGAGAUAUAAUUCAAAUUCUCCAAAUAUAUCUGAUAAUAAUUAUCAAAUUUGUAAAUUAAAAGGUCAAUAUGAAAGUUAUGAAACUGAAUUUAACGAUUUAAUAAGAACUGGAGCAUUAUUAAAAUAUUUAUUCCAAGCUAGAAUUGGUCAAAUGGAUGGUAUUUAUAUUGCUUAUCAUAAUAUUAAAUCAUUGUUUGGAUUUCAAUAUUUACCAUUAAGUGAAAUUGAUAAAGUAUUUUAUAACGAUGAGGCUCAUAUAUCAAUAUAUAAUCAAAUAAAACAAUAUGAAGAAAAAAUAGAAGAUUUAAUCGAUAUUGAAAAAUUACCAAGUCGUAUAGCUGAAUCACAAUUCAAGUUUUCAAUUGAGAUUUGGGAAAAUCUAUUAAAGUCAAUUUUAAUUGAUCUUGAAAAUGAAGGAUAUAAAGAUUGGGCAUUCAGAUUAAUUACAUAUACUACUGGAACUUCUAAAAAUAUGAAAUUGAGAGUACAUGCCUUACCAAUAACUUCAGAAGAAGCAGAAGAACUACAAAGUUUACCAGAUCAAUUUCCGGCAAGUUUUACUGCUGCUCAUUUAACAUUAGAUGAAAAGAGAAUGAAUAUAAAACAACAUGAAGAUAAAUUAAAUGAAUUUAAUAAAAAGACAACUUUGAAUCGACCAAUUUUAUCAUAUGAUAUAGAAAAAGUAACUUCAUCAAUUAAAAAAGGUCAAGUAGUAGCAGGUACAUUGCCCAAAGAUGUUAAAUCAUGGCAAUUAAGAUAUAAAAUAACAAGGAUUGAAAAUUAUCCAACACAAGAUUAUAUUACCUUAUUUUCAAGAUCAAUUGAACAAUUAUAUAAACAAAUUGAAGAAGCAAAUCAAUUUGAUAUAAAGAAUAGAAAGAAAAAGAAUAAAGUAAAUAAAUUAAGAAAAGAUAUUGAAACUUUGGAGAAAUUAGGAGAAUUAAGAUUAGAAAUAUGGAAAGAAAAAGAUGAUGAGAAUCAAGUUUAUGAACCAAGUGAAAAAUUGUAG